UAUAACAAUUCCAAUUCCAAUUCCGUUUACGAUAAAGAUAGUAACUCUCGGAGUAGGAGGAUCUCAAGGGAUUCUCUCUCAAUAGAUAACCCACGCGCAGAAGACAGGAGAAGAGGAAAACAUCUUUCUCAUUGCUCUAUCCAAAACUACUCAUCAUCACUCUCCAUUGAGAGAGAGAGAGAGAAAGAGAAAGAGGGAGAUGGAAAGAAGGGACGAAAGAGAAGAGAAAGGAUUCCAUCCUUACGAUAAAGAAGAUGGUAAGCUUUUGGUGGAAGAAGCUUUCAAGGACACUGUAGUUCUUCCAUGGACAAAGCAAAUCACCUUGAGGGCUAUGGUUACAAGCUUCAUUUUGAGUAUAGUUUUCAAUUUUAUUGUGUGUAAACUUAAUCUCACAACUGGUGUCAUCCCUUCCCUUAACGUUGCUGCUGGGUUAUUGGGUUUUGGUAUUCUCAAGUUUUGGACUACUUUGCUUGGAAAAAUCGGUCUCUUAAGGCAGCCUUUCACUCGUCAAGAGAAUACUGUAAUCCAAACUUGUGUGGUUGCGUCCUCUGGAAUUGCUUUUAGCAGUGGCACUGCAAGUUACAUGUUAGGUAUGAGUUCAACAAUAGCGGCUCAAGCAGAGGGAGGAAAUACCCCUUCCAAUGUUAAGAAUCUUUCCAUUGGUUGGAUGAUUGGUUUUCUUUUUGUUGUAAGCUUUGUUGGUUUGUUCUCUAUCGUACCCUUGAGAAAGCUGAUGAUCUUGAACUACAAGUUAACAUACCCCAGCGGGACAGCUACUGCAUACCUAAUCAACAGCUUCCACACACCCAAAGGAGCCAAAUUGGCCAAGAAGCAAGUUGGCGUUCUCUUCAAAUUCUUUGGUUUUAGUUUUUUGUGGGCAUUUUUCCAGUGGUUUUUCACUGCUGCGGAUGGCUGUGGUUUCUCUAGCUUCCCCACUUUUGGUCUCAAAGCAUUUGAUGAGAGGUUCUACUUUGAUUUCUCCUCAACAUAUGUGGGGGUUGGAAUGAUUUGUCCUUACAUGGUAAAUAUUUCCUUGCUUCUUGGAGCCAUCAUUUCAUGGGGAAUCAUGUGGCCAGCAAUUGAGGCUAAGAAGGGUAUUUGGUAUAGUGCUGAUCUAUCUGCAAGCAGUCUCCAUGGUAUCCAAGGAUACAGGGUUUUUAUUGCUAUUGCCACAAUGCUUGGUGAUGGUAUAUAUCAUGUAGUAUCCAUGUUAAGCAGAACUUUAUGGGAUCUAGCUCGUCGAAAUUCCAAGAAUAUCGAGGCAUCUUCUAUAACUCCAGCUGGUGAUGAAAACACUGAAACUAUAAGCUAUGAUGAUCAACGAAGAAAAGAAUUCUUUCUAAAAGAUCAAAUCCCUGGCUGGGUAGCUUUGCUUGGCUACAUUUGUCUUGCAGUCAUUUCCAUCAUCACAGUACCUUUCAUCUUUAAUCAAUUGAAAUGGUACCAUAUCUUGGUUGCUUAUGCAAUUGCGCCAGUUCUGGCCUUCUGCAACGCCUAUGGAUGUGGUCUCACUGAUUGGUCUCUCGCAUCAAACUAUGGGAAAUUUGCCAUCAUCAUUUUUAGUGCUUGGGUUGGCCAUGACGGUGGGAUAAUUGCAGGCCUCGCGUCAUGUGGUGUGAUGAUGAGCAUUGUCUCAACAGCAUCUGAUCUCAUGCAAGACUUCAAGACGGGAUACUUAACCCUCUCUUCUGCAAAAUCUAUGUUCUUCAGUCAGGUUGCUGGAACUGCUAUGGGAUGUUUGAUAACUCCUUUGGUGUUUUGGUUCUUUUACAGUGCUUACACUAUAGGGGAUCCUGAAGGUACCUAUCCAGCACCUUAUGGCCUAAUCUACCGUGGGAUUGCCCUUCUCGGUGUAGAGGGUAUUUCUUCUCUUCCCAAACAUUGUCUCACAUUGUCCAUCUCAUUUUUUGUUGCUGCUAUUGCUAUUAAUGCGAUUCGUGAUCUGUUACAAAAGUUUGAAACCACAUACAGAAUCUACAGGUUUAUUCCUAGCCCAAUGUGUAUGGCAAUUCCAUUUUAUCUUGGAGGCUACUUUGCUAUUGAUAUGUGUAUUGGAAGUUUGAUACUUUUCUUAUGGGAGAGGAAGAACAAGCAAAAGGCUACUGAUUUUUCACCUGCUGUGGCUUCUGGACUCAUUUGUGGUGACUCUUUGUGGGGAAUCCCCGCCGCUAUACUAUCUCUCACUGGUGUUAAUCCUCCUAUUUGCAUGAAGUUCCUUUCUGCUGCUGCUAAUGCUAAGGUUGACAAGCUUUUGGCUGGGUAAUUAAAUAGCUGCUGAUGAUUUAUCUUAAUUAGUAUUGUCUCUAGUCUACUUAAUCUUGUUUCUUUGGUACAUUCACUAAGCUUUCCUUGUGUAAAUCCUUAAUUAGUCUGAUUUCCAAACAUGUUAGUAAUGUUUUUAAGGCAAACAUAUCUGGUGAUUUCAUUAUGGCUUGUUUCAUACUAGCCAUGCUUUCUCAUGUUUAUCCUAGACAUGAUUGUGAGUUGCCCA